AAAUAGCAAUGUUAAUUCAGCCCCUUUGGUUGUACCCAGGACAGCAUUUUUUAAAGCUUUACAUGCAAAGUUUCCAUAUUUGUAACUAGAAUUUUUAAUGUGCAGUUUCUGACAUUUCAACUGUAGAAUCUGCAAUUACUAUAGGUGCUUUAAGCUUAAAAAAUAUAUGACCUAAGACACAAGGGGAAGAGAUUCUUGGUUGUCCUGCCCAUAGACUCAGCUGUGUUAGGGAAGGACUGAGGCUCCUUUAGGCCCUCCCCUGCUCUGCAGGUGCAAUGUGUCACCAAUUAGCAAAGGCCUUAAAUGGGAGAACAGGAGGAAGGCUCGGCCCUACACUGACUGCAGGCUUCCCUGAUGGAGACCCUCCUGCAAGAGCUUACCUCAGCUUCCAAGCUCUUCGCUGAUUUUAAGGAGAUGUAUGAAUAUGAGAGGCGUUUAAAAACCUUCACCAAGUGGCCCUUCCAGGAGAACUGCAAGUGCACUCCAGAGAAUAUGGCAAAGGCUGGCUUCAUCCAUUGUCCAGGUGAAAAUGAACCAGAUGUGGCAAAAUGUUUCUUUUGCUUGUUAGAACUGGCGGACUGGGAACCAAAUGAUGACCCAUGGGAGGAGCACACCAAACGUCACACCUGUGACUUUUUAUCCCUUCCCAAGCACUUUGAUGAGCUGACAAUGGAGGAGUACUACAUGCUGGAGAUGACUCGAUUGAGGACCUUCAUUUGCAAAGUUGGCAGGUGCACAAUAAACUCUUUUCAAGAAGAAGUCGCGGCAACGAGGCAGAGGCUGGUGGAUUACUUUGGCUCCAAACCCCAGCUCCCGGCACCGCCGCCUCCCGGGGAUGAGGCAGCAGCCCAGCAGCCGGGAGGCUCAGCUGCUGGCCAGAAGGAGCCCAGGACCAGUGGGCUGUGACGUCUGACUCUAAAAGUCUCUUAAUUUGGUGCAAACAUUCCUCGCUUUGCCUGCUUGCAAAUCUAAAGCUGAACAGGUGGGUGAGGGAGUGUUUGUGGAGAAUUGCUCUCAGCCUCCCUGCAUCAGAGGAGAGAGUAGACAGGUAUGGCCUGACUUUCACGGUGUGCUUUUUUGCUAUGGCUGGGUGGGCAUCUAAGAGUAGUCCCACUACCCUGCCACUGUAUGCAAGAUGUUUAAGCAAAUACUUUUAUUCUAUUUUUCGCAAGCUGGCUCUUUUUUUGGAAUAAAGAUUCACAACUGUGA